CGAUUUCAUUUGCUACCAGGGUUCAUUAGAAACAGCGAACAAAUAAAAGAAUAUCGAAUAUGUUCGAUUGUUCAAUGUGUGCAUUAAUGCAGUACCACUAGAGGGCGAUAGCGAGUCAGACAAACAAGGAAAACCCAGUAUACCGGAAGUGGGGAGUGUGAAGCCGUUCCACAUCAGCACAUCCGCAUUGUGUCGGCACGAGAAAAACAACGCAGAUAUAAACAGUGUAUAGCAAUGGAUAUGAAGUCGGGUGACCCUUUCAGCGGUGAGGCUGAGGAGCUCCCUGCAGUAGGAAUGAUCAGCAGACUCUUUCCUAAAGGCUUUUCUGGGAAUAUGGCAAAGGAGUGGCUGGACCGUCGACGCAAAUCUAUCAGGCCCUGGGCCAGCUUUGUGGAUCAACGCAAAUUUUCCAAACCGAAGAAUUUCGGUGAACUGUGCCAGCGUGUUGUGAGAAACCUGGACGCCUUCCAUAGCAACUACACAUUUAUCUUUCUGGGGCUCAUCCUCUACUGCAUUAUCAGCUCGCCCAUGCUGUUGAUCGCUUUGGCUGUAUUUGUUGGUGCCUUUUACAUCAUCCACCUGAAGUCACUAGAGUCCAAGCUGGUUGUUUUCGGGCGUGAGUUGACUCAAGGUCACCAGUUGGGACUAGCUGGAGCAGUGUCCUUACCCGUGUUCUGGCUUGCAGGUGCAGGAACAGCUGUUUUCUGGGUACUGGGUGCUACGCUGGCUGUAAUUGGCUCCCACGCUGCCUUCCGUGAACUGGAACAAUCAGACAUGGAGGAGCUUCUGAUGGAGCCUGUGUAACUCGUCAGCUCUUUGAACAUUGAGCUCUUUAUUUAUCUAGACGUCUUUGCCUGCACAUUGUUACUGCUUUCUGAUAAGUCGUGAUGAAUUAACAAAAUAUUUAAUCCAUCGCCCAUCUGUGAAUAGACUGUUAUUCAGGAAUUCAUGUGUUGUCUUGUGUUCCAGCUACGGAUCAGAUUCUUUAAUUAUUGUCCAGUAAAUAGAUGAGACGUGCUUUUAAAAGCAGACUGGCGUUAAUUCGCUGACAGAUUUAAGCACAGUAGGACACUCAUGGGUAUGCGAAGAUACUUGGCUGUUGCAUAUCGAAGGACUGCAUUAAUAAAAAAAAAGAAAUCAUUGCACAAAUUAAGGCUGUAACACAUCCCACGAAAUAAAUAAAAGACCCUAUGUGUUUUCUUUUCCUUUGAAUAAUUUAAAAGUUUGCUUUAUGAAAAAUAAGAAUGGAAUAUUAUCUACAGUAGGAGUGUUACAGUUUUUGUGAAAUUAUGCAAAAAAGGAAAAAAAAUCUGUCCAUGGUGCCUGUCAACAUUAUUAUUAUUGUGGUGGUGAUUAUUAAUGUUGGGUUUAACUCUAUUAUGACAUACAGUAUCAAAGAGCUUCAUAAAAUGCAGGUUACUCAAGUGCUUUCAUUGCAGUUCUUUGCAGUCUUUGCCAAUUGUUUUUUUAAUCACAUAAUAUUUUUGAAAGUAUCUUUUUACGUAUUUCUUUUCUGAACUCGUCUUUUAUCUUCGUGUUGUAUUUUGAUCAAAAGGAAAGUGCAAUAAAGGCCUCCGCUCGUAAAA